UCUACAACACUACAUUAUUUUGUGUUUACAUACUUAUUUAUGUGUCUGUGUGAAUCGCCAUUAACCUUGAAUAAUAUACAUUCUGUUGUGUGGAGUUUACAGUAAAAAUUGUAAAAUGAAUUUGUAAAGGGUAGGAUUUGGGUUACAAUUUGUGUUUUCAUUUUAAAAAUGACUUUUGAUGGUGCCAGUAUUCCGUUGUCGAAUCGUCGCCCAUUUUGUUGAGUUGCGACUUGUAGGCCUACACAGAGAUUAAUCUUGUUUCUGAGCUACUAAUUUGAGAAAUCAGUUCUACCUUGGAUUGAUAUUUGCAACUGAAAAUUUAUACACUACUUCGUUCAACUACUCUGUGUAAAGACAAAUUUUAGAUAGCAGUGAUCUAAUUGGUUUGGACCAUGUACAAUCCAAAGGAAAUGGCCGAUCCUAAACCUACUAUUAAAAUCGAGAAAAACGACGAUGAGGAGACUACAGCUGACUGCAACACAGCAUCGAAUAUUGAUGUUGCGCAGUCAGAUGUUAAGAUAGAAGAAAGCUCGUUAAAAGUAAAGAAAGAAAGUCCCACUCAGGAAUCGUCACAGAUUGACUAUAGUCAAGCGUCAUCUAGCCAAAUGGUGACUCAUACAGACAAGAAGGAAACUCACGGUGCUAGAAAGCAUGCGUUGUCAGAUGAACCAAGAACAAGCACGGAUUCAGGAGAUAAUACUGCUCCACCUAAACCCAAGAGGCAGAAAAUGACUGAACCGAUAGAUCCUUAUGAACACGACAUGGAAAUCGUCUUGGAACCUUGUUCAAACAUAAUGCAUAUUAAUAAGGAUCUUCCAAGUGAGGGUUAUACCGAACAUCCCGACUGCAGCAGAGGCAGUACAAGCAGCAGAGUAACUGGCAACUCUGUCUCAGGCAAUGAUGCCAAUGGAGAAGAUCAUGACGGCCAAAAUGGAAAUGCCCAGAACCCCCAUGAACAUGGUGGACAAGGAGACCAACCGGCAGAUGAUAACCAAGAUGAAGAUGACAGUGAGGAGGAGGAUGAUGAACAAGAGGAGGAGGAUGAUGACGUCGAUGAUGAUGAUGACGACGAUGAUGACAAUGAUGACGACGAUGAAGAGGAUGAAUCGGAGGAUGAUGAUACAGACACGGACGGUGAAGGAGCAGGUGAUCAGAAUCCGCCUGUGCAAAGCGUUGAACAAGUGGCAGCUGAUGAGGCUAGUUAUGUUGAAGUAGGCGCUGGAGACGGGGCUAAGAACGUCCCAGAAGAGAGCACCGUAGCAAAAGGUGAAGGCGGUCAUAUCGGUGACACAAAACUUCCCAAAAAGGAUGAUGAUGUGGGCCAAGACGCUGAUGAACCGAAUGACGAUCUAGAUGCAGAUAUAUUUCAGCAACAAGCACAGCCAGUAGAAGUGGAAGCUGUUGUUCACGCAGAAGAGCAGAAUAAUGCUAAUCAAGAUGGAAAUAAUGGAGAUGUAGGUCUAAAUAAUGAAAAUCAAGGUCAAAAUAACGAGGUUCAAAAUAACGAAGGUCAAAAUAACGAAGGUCACGCAGAAGAGCAGAAUAAUGCUAAUCAAGAUGGAUAUAACGGAGAUGUAGGUCUAAAUAAUGAAAAUCAAGGUCAAAAUAAUGAAGAUCAAAAUAACGAAGAUCAAAAUAACGAAGGCCAAAACGAACAAAAUAAUGAUGAACCGGAAAUCAUUGCUGAGUUUAUAGAUAUGGGUGGUGCGGGGGAUGCUGGCAUCAAUCAACUUAUGGGGGAUGAUCAGGAAGACCCUGAAGAAGAGCAGGAUGAGGUGGACUCUAUUGAUGAGGAGAUGGGUGAAUUCCAUAUGGUAGAUGAUGCUGGAGACGCACCCGCCGACUUGGCUAUUGACGCACCAGAAGCAGAAGAAGAUGAUGUAAUGGGCCCAGAUCCUCUCUUAAUGGCCCCACAUCAAGACUUCCCCUUAAUGGACCCAGAGCCUCCCGUUAUGGUCCCAGACCCUCAUAUUCCCUUAAUGAACCCAUACCCAGCAUACCCAGAGCCUCCCUUAAUGGGCCUCCCUCAUGAAGCAGAGGACAAUGACAGCUUCGAUUGGAAUGAUUCGAGUGAUGAUGAGGAAGAAACUGAUGACGAAGAAGAGGAGGAGGAUGAACCUCAUCAGGUGCGGGAACAUGGAGAGCCAGGUGAUGGGCCCCCACCACCAAAUAUGGGAGGAGACCCAGAGGCUGACGGAGGAGCCAAUGCGCCAGAACAGGGAGGAGGAGCCAACCCACCAGCCCAGGAUCCACCAGUCGACCCAGCGUCAGUUGGCGGGGGGAUUGGGGCAGGAGAUGCCCCGCUUGCUGACGAUGCCCAUCAGCUUGAUUCGACAAUGAACGAAUCGAAUUCUUCUCAUUUGGACCAUGUCAAGAAUUCUGCCAUUAACCACAAAUCGGCUGCGAAACAGAAUAAUACGAAUAGAAAGGACAUAAACUGCAUCAGUGAAGAUAAAAAUUUAGAUCAAGUUUCGCCUCUCGAUUCCAAAAUGCUCAACCCCGAAUUGAAAAUUAACAACCCUGCAAACAAACAGUCUGCUGAAAGUAUCACAGAACAAUCUAGUCAAAGCGCUGCGUUGAAGGCUGACGAUAAUGGAGAGGAUCUCCGCCAGCUGAUAGUAAACCUGGAGAAACUGCAGUCUCCCCUGGCAGAGCGGAGCUCGGUGUCACUUUCCACUUGCGAGCUGUGUGGCCCAACGCAGCAAUGCUUGCGUCUGCGCCGUAAUAGCGUGACUGGCAGAGUGACAAGGCGCGGCAGAGGCCGUCCUCGCAGUAACGAGAAUGUGUCAACCGAGAAUGCCUCUUACACGUGUCUCCUUCGUCGUAAAGUAAUGCAGGACAGAGAGAGCGGCCGUAAACACAUACAGACUUCCCAUGCUCUCAAGGAGCACAAGACCCAUGACAAAUGCUCAAGCGAUGAGAUUACUGAAGAAGACGCGAACAAGGAUGCGGGAGAAUGGAAAUUGCCGAAGCGCACAUCGAAGUCAUUGGACUUGAUAAUUCCAAGCUUCCUUGAAUAAUUUUUAAGAAAACAUGUUCAGUUUAGUUAAGUACAAUUUUGAUUAUCUUCUUCUCAGUAUUAAUUUUGUAGUUUCGAUAUGGCCAUAAAUUUUCGUUCUCUUAUUUUUCAAUUGGAAAGUAACCAAUUGUUACAUCAGAAAGGUUAUCUGAUUUUCCUUUAUGUUUUGAUUAACAACUGCUGUUUAUUAUUUUGAUGAAAUAAUAGUAUUAAGAGACACUUAGAUUUCAUAUAUGUGAUUGAAUAUUCUGGUUGAAUCAAUUCAAAUUGAAACGAGCUUGAAUUAUCUAAUAAAUUAUACUCAUGUUUACUGGCUGCUGUAAUUUAAUUUGUUAUAUUCGUGUUAAUUAUCUUAAAUCCCCCCAUAAAAUGAUUCAGCUUCAAAGUACCACUAAACUCAUGUUCACUGGUUACUGUAAUUCAAUUUGUUGUAUUAUUUGUGUUAAUUAUCUUAAAUCCCAAUAAAAUAACUCAGCUUCAAAGUACUACUAAAUUCUUCAAAGUAUCACUUCAUUCAUUUAAAACAGUAUAUUAGCAUAGCACAAUUUCAUUUACACCCAAGCCUUGAUACAAAAAUACUAUUCAUGUACAUUCAAAAUCCUUCAUACUAAGAUUUCACGUGAUCAAUCUAUUGUAAAUAGAUCUUAAAAUUCUAUCACUUUAUUGUAAUGUAGUUCUAAAUUUUUUCUGACUGAUAAGAUUGUUUACAGCUAGUGCAAUAUUAUACACGAAUAUUUGUCAUUAUAAAUAAUUGAAGCAUCUAGUGUCGUAAUGGUAUUUUAUAGCCAUGUCCAUAUAUGUAAAUCGAAAUCAAAUAUAACGAGUUGUGUAACAUAAAUAA